AUGAUCCUCUCCCCUGAAGGCCUCCCGGGACCCGGGCACACUGGCCACGAGCUGCUGGGUUCCCAAGGCAACCUGGUCAUCCGAAAAGUGACCACGCAGGAUUCCGAGAAGGAUGCUGUGCUGCAGGAGACCAGCAGGGAGCGCAGGAGUGCCGCGGGGCAAAGCAACGUCAAGGCCACAUCCUUCUACAUGUGGGUGUCGGCGUACCCAGACCCUUUCCUGGAUGUUGUCACGUGUGAACUCAACUACUCGGUGGUCCUGAAGUGUUACACAAAAAACGACACUGAGGUGACCUGGAGCCUGGAUGGGAAACCCCGUGGGUCCUUCCGAAAUCUAAUCAUCCCACGGCUGUCCCGGGAGCACCUGGGCAACUACACGUGCACCACCAAGGACGGCAAUGGACAGGUGUUCACUGACAGCGUGAUGGUCUCAAUGGCAGAACCCGAAAACGGCCAUGACCCUAUCGAACCGGACCCCGUGUUCACCGUGUCAGGAUCAUCUGCCGUGGGCCUCAUCGUGGCUGGGUUUCUGGGGUUCUUGGCGCUGUUGGGCGGUGUGAUCUUCACCGUCAUCCAGAGUCAGAGAACUGACAGACGAAGAAUACGAUUGUGCUGCUGAAGUGUGAGCACCUGUCCUGUUGGCCUACGAGGAAGCCGGUUUAUCAGCCUCCGACUGCAGAAGACCUGGGUCUCUGAAGAGUUAGGGAAAUCGUCCAACUCGCACUGGUUGACCCUGUGGAUUUCUUUUGCAUGAAAAAAAUAAACUGCUAUCUUAUUUGUAGGACCCAUGGCAGUGUCCUGGUUACCCAUUGGGCUGUGAUCCACAUGGUCCCCAGUUUGAAUCCACCAGCAGCUCCUUGGGAGAAA